CUUGUAUCGAUAGAUGUCAGGUGUUUUGGGUGUUUUGUGUGUGUAUUUGUUUUAGAUGUACUGUUUUUCAGGUCUACUUCUCUGAAGUAAGAUGACUUGUCAAAAUUUCUGUGUGGCUUUGUUACAUUGGGAAUUUAUUUAUUUGACAAGUGCAUUUAACUUGGCAUAUCCGAUCACUCCCUGGAGAUUUAAGCUGUCUUGCAUGCCAACAAAUACAACCUAUGACUUCCUCUUGCCAACCGGAAUCUCAAAGAACACUUCCAAUUUGAGUGAACAUUAUGAGGCAGUUGUCAAAGCUAAAUUGAAUUCGAGUACUACCUACUUUUCUAACUUAUCUUCCAAAACAACUUUCCACUGUUGCUUUUGGAGCAAGGAAGAUAAAAACUGUUCUGUACAUGCAGACAACAUUGAAGGGAAGGCAUUUGUUUCAACAGUGAAUUCUUUAGUUUUUCAACAGAUAGGUGCAAACUGGAACAUACAGUGCUGGAUGAAAGAGGACUUGAAAUUAUUCAUCUGUUAUAUGGAGACAUUAUUUAAGAAUCCUUUCAAGACUUACGACCUGAAGGUCCACCUUUUAUAUAUUCUGCCUGAAGUGUUAGACGAGUCACCUCUGGUCCCCCAGAAAGGCAGUUUUCAGAUUGUUCAGUGCAACUGCAGUGUUCACAACAGCUGUGAAUGCCAUGUGCCUGUGCCAACUGCCAAACUCAACCACACUCUCCUUCUGUAUUUGAAAAUCACGUCUGGUGGGAUAAAUUUUCAAUCACCUCUAAUGUCGGUUCAGCCCAUAAAUGUUGUGAAGCCUGAUCCCCCAUUAGGUUUACAUAUGGAAAUCACAGAUGCUGGCAAUUUAAAGAUUUCUUGGUCCAGCCCAACCUUGGUACCAUUUCAACUUCAAUAUCAAGUGAAAUAUUCAGAGAAUUCUUCAACAUAUAUGAGAAAAGCUGAUGAAAUUGUCUCAGCUACAUCUCUGCUGAUAGACAGUGUGCUUCCUGGGUCUUCAUACGAGGUUCAAGUGAGGGGCAAGAGACUGGAUGGCCCAGGAACCUGGGGUGACUGGAGCACCCCUCUUAUCUUUACCACACAAGAUGUCAUAUACUUUCCGCCUAAAAUUCUGACAAGUGUCGGGUCUAACGUUUCUUUUCACUGCAUUUAUAAAAAUGAAAACGAGAUUGUUUCCUCAAAAAAGAUUGUUUGGUGGUUGAAUUUAGCUGAGAAAAUCCCUCCGAGCCAGUAUACCGUGGUGGGUGACCGUGUUAGCAAAGUCACCUUUCCAAAUCUGAACGCGACCAAGCCUCGCGGGAAGUUCACCUACGACGCAGUGUACUGCUGCAACCAGCAAGAAUGCCACCAUCGCUAUGCGGAACUAUACGUGAUUGAUGUCAAUAUCAAUAUAUCAUGUGAAACUGAUGGGUACUUAACUAAAAUGACUUGCAGAUGGUCGACCAAUGCAAUCCAAUCACUCAUGGGAAGUACUUUGCAGUUGAGGUAUCAUAGGAGCAGCCUUUACUGUUCUGAUGUUCCAUCUAUUCAUCCCAUAUCUGAACCCAAAGAUUGCCACUUGCAGAGAGAUGGUUUUUAUGAAUGCAUAUUUCAGCCAAUCUUUCUAUUAUCCGGCUAUACAAUGUGGAUUAAAAUCAAUCACUCUUUGGGUUCACUUGACUCUCCACCAACGUGUGUCGUUCCUGAUUCCGUGGUGAAACCACUGCCUCCAUCCAGUGUGAAAGCAGAAAUUACUGUAAAAAUUGGAUUAUUGAAAAUAUUUUGGGAAAAGCCAAUCUUUCCAGAGAAUAAUCUUAAGUUCCAGAUUCGCUAUGGCUUAAAUGGAAAAGAAAUACAGUGGAAGAUGUAUGAGGUAUAUGAUGCAAAAUCAAAGUCGGCCAGUGUCCUGGUGCCAGACCUGUGUGCAGUCUAUGCUGUUCAGGUGCGCUGCCGGAGGCUGGAUGGCCUGGGGUAUUGGAGUAAUUGGAGUAGUCCCGCCUACACAGUUGUCAUGGAUAUAAAAGUUCCUACCAGAGGACCUGAAUUUUGGAGAAUAAUUAAGGAAGACACCACUAAAACGGAGAGAAAUGUUACUUUACUUUGGAAGCCUCUGAUGAAAAAUGACUCAUUGUGCAGUGUGAGAAAAUAUGUGGUAAAACAUCAUACUUCCCGCAAUGGAACAUGGUCAGAAGAUGUGGGAAAUCACACUAAAUUCACUUUCCUGUGGACAGAACAAGCACAUUCUGUUACAGUUCUGGCUGUCAAUUCAAUUGGUGCUUCUUUUGUGAAUUUUAAUUUAACCUUCUCAUGGCCUAUGAGCAAAGUAAAUACCGUGCAGUCACUCAGUGCUUAUCCUUUAAACAACAGUUGUGUGCUUCUCUCCUGGACUCUAUCACCCAGUGACUACUAUCUGAUGUAUUUUGUUACUGAGUGGAAAAUUCUUAAUGAAGACAGUGAAAUUAAAUGGCUUAGGAUCCCUCCAUCUGUUAAGAAGUAUUAUAUCCACGAUCAUUUUAUCCCCAUUGAGAAGUAUCAAUUCAGUCUUUACCCAGUAUUUAUGGAAGGAGUGGGGAAACCAAAGAUAAUUAAUAGUUUCACCCAAGAUGACAUUGAAAAACACCAGAAUGAUGCAGGGCUCUAUGUAAUUGUGCCAAUAAUUAUUUCCUCUUCAAUCUUACUGCUUGGAACAUUGUUAAUAUCACACCAAAGAAUGAAAAAGCUGUUUUGGGAGGAUGUUCCAAACCCCAAGAACUGUUCCUGGGCACAAGGACUUAAUUUUCAGAAGCCAGAAACAUUUGAGCAUCUUUUUAUCAAGCAUACAGAAUCAGUGAUAUUUGGUCCUCUUCUUUUGGAGCCUGAAACCAUUUCAGAAGAUAUCAGUGUUGACACAUCAUGGAAGAAUAAAGAUGAGGUGGUACCAAGAGCUAUGGUCUCUCUGCUUUUGACAGCUCCGGAUCUUGAAGAGGGUUCUGUUUGUAUCCGUGACCAGCACACCAGUGCUAACUUCUCUGAGCUGGAGAGCACUGUGAUAGCCCAUGAGGACGAAAGCAGGAGGCCGCCCUCUGUUAGAUAUGCCACCCUCCUUGGCAGCUCUAAAUCAAGUGAAAUUGAUGAAGAGCAAGGGCUUAUAAACAGCUCAGUCAGCAAAUGCUUCACUAGCAAAAAUUCUCUACCAAAGGGUUCUUUUUCUAACAGCUCAUGGGAGAUAGAAACCCACGCAUUUUUUAUAUUAUCAGAUCAGCAUCCCGAUAUAAUUUCACCACACCUUCCAUUCUCAGAAGGAUUGGAUGAACUUUUGAAACUUGAGGGAAAUUUCCCUGAAGAAAAUAAUGGUGAAAGGUCUGUCUAUUAUUUAAGGGUCACCUCAAUCAAAAAAAGAGAGAGUGGUGUGUUUUUGACUGACGAGUCCCAAGUGCUGUGUCCGUUCCCAGCCCACUGUUUGUUCACUGACAUCAGAAUCCUCCAGGACAGUUGCUCACACCUUGUAGAAAAUAACUUCAAUUUAGGAACUUCUGGUCAGAAGACUUUUGUAUCUUACAUGCCUCAAUUUCAGAUUUGUCCCACUCAGACUCAGAAGAUAAUGGAAAACAAAAUGUGUGACCUAACUGUCUAA